CAGCCUCCUCAUCCUGCACAUCACAGUGACGUCCUGUGCGGAUACAUUGGAUGGAUGUCCUCUUAAUGCUACGGUACCGGACCCAGCAGCCUUAAUAUUUCCUCUAUGUAAAAGGGCGUUUGGAAGCCUGGGAGAGCAGCAGCGGCAGCAUGCAGCGGAGCGCAGUGGUCGUGGUGGCGGACAAAACGAGCCUGAAGAGGCCGUUUAUUUUUGUAAAUUCCGUGCAUAUGGCGCUAUGCUUCUUCAUGCUGACAAUGGCAAUAGCUUGGCACCGAGACCCUAUACAAACUGGCAAAAUUGUGUCCAGCGUUUCUGUAAUGGCAAUGCUCUCAGUGAUCGGUGUCAUUGGAGCCUGUAGGGGAAAAAGAUGGUGUUUGAUUCUGUAUGCAUCUGGGAUGGCAAUAGCCAGUCAAACAAUAAUUGUGAGAACAGCACUAAGUUACCAGGAUGUUUAUGAGAAGCGAGUGGCCCGUGAGGAGGCCAAGCUGCUCUCCAUGAUGCCACUCAGUGGAAUAAGCAAAGCCAACAGGACGCUGUUGUACAGAAUUCAAGAGGAAUUUGAAUGCUGUGGUCUUAUUGAGGGCUACAAAGACUGGGGCGCUUCCAUCCCUGCUUCCUGUAACUGCCAAUAUCCAGGAAAAUGUAUUCGACUACGGGGCAGUGCCACGCUUGGAGCUCCAAAGAACCAGUAUGUUUAUCAAGAGCCUUGCCUACCGAUCUAUGUUUCCGAACUGAAGCGUGCAUUCUCACUGGUGAUGGCAAUACAGUUUGGAAGUGGAGUGUUUUGGAUGGUUCUACUUGUCAUGAGCAUCAAACUAAUAGGACAAAUAAGAAGGAAACAGGAGUUCUUGGCUCUUCUCCAGUCCAACAGAUACGUUCCCGGUGCUUUCUAGUCACCUACCUGACACUUCCGGUUACUCACAAGCAUACCUGGUUUGAAUUUGCACAUAAAGCUGUAUAACCAUAAGCUGACUAUUUUGUGCUAUAGCAGAAUAUGUUAUGAUUUUCUACAUGUUAAUGCAUGUAACUGAUGUUUAAACAAUAAUCCACACGCACAGUCAAUUUCAAACUACUAUUGUUUGCCUUACUGCUGUAAAGAAAAAAAAGCAUUUUAAUGAGAUUAACCAAUCUUUAAUAAUCAUAACUUUUUCACAUUCCUUUGCCACAUCUAAAUAAUUGUGUUACAACUCAUCCAUUUUAUUUAAGUAACAUAUCCUGGCAAUGUUUUAUUUGCAACAAGAGUUUUCUUGUUUUGAAUAUAUGCUGUUAUUAUUCAUAUCCAUUUCUAUCACACCUGGAGAGGCCAGUUAGUAUUUAUAGAGAAAGAUGUUCAUUUAAUUACAUUUGUGUCAUUGAAAACCAACAGAAAAAUAAUUAUUUUACAUUAGGGGCACAACAGUUUAAUGGGUUUAAAGUGUUAAUUGUGAAGAUUUUCAUUUUUAAAAAAUGCUUGAUAAGUCACUAUCUGUAGCCAAAAGAGGUACAAUUCUUAUAUAGUAUAGAGGGUAUGCAUUGAUGUCACUGCUGCUUGGGCCCACGCCCCCCUGAGUGGCAAAAACAUGGUGAAAUGUAUCAGUAAAUACAGCGAGACCUGGAAAAAUGUGGAUCAGAUCAAAUUAAGGACAA